GGGGUGCUUUAGCGGCGCGGCACAGCGGCCCAGCGGAACGGGCCCCGUGUUGUGUUGUCGGGUCGGUGGCGGCGGCGGUUUGAAGCGGAGCGGGUCCGCGGGCGGCUGAUGGCUGAUGGCCGGCCCACUGGACUUCAAAACUCAUGCAGACCAAGCAUGCAGAGCCGCAGAUAAAUUUGUCAACAUUUAUUAUGAAACAAUGGAUAAAAGAAGAAGGGGGUUAACCAAAUUGUAUCUGGAUACAGCGACUUUAGUGUGGAAUGGCAACACAAUUUCAGGCCAUCAGGCACUUACUGAAUUUUUUGAAAUGUUGCCUUCUAGUGAUUUCCUAAUAAACAUGCUGGAUUGUCAACCUGUACAUGAGCUUGCUACUCAGGGCCAGACCACCGUUCUUGUGGUCACUUGUGGUACGGUGAAAUUUGAUGGAAACAAACAACGGUACUUCAAUCAAAACUUCUUACUUACUGCCCAAGUAACGCCGCAAAAUACCGUUUGGAAAAUCGCGAGCGAUUGUUUCCGCUUUCAGGACUGGACCAGUUAACUCACCACUUUAAUGGAAGGAGAAUGUCAUUAUUUUGUUUUCAAUUCUGGAAAUACACAGUGGAAAUGUUGACAGAAUUCAAACAUUUAACACAAUGCUUGAAGUGUAUAAAAGCAUUGUAUGAUGUUAGAUUGACAGUAGAGAAUAGGGAAAAAAGGCUUUGUAGAGAAGUAUAUUGCCUCCACAUCCAUACUGAUAUUCAGUGUUUGGUGUAUGAUAGACACUCUCUGUACACCUGUUUUUUAAUCUGAAAUGCAAUUUGUAUCAUUAAUAUUUUCAGUUGUAUAUUGUACUUUUGAAAUGGACUUCAAUAAACAACUUGGUUAAACCAUG